AUGGGUAAAGACGCUGUAAUUCAGGAUAAAGAGAAGUUCCAAGUGAAACUGGACGUGCAAGACUUCAAACCUGAGGAAAUACAAGUGAAAACGGUUAAUGGAAAUGCCAUCCAGAUAGAAGCCAAACACGAGGAAAAGCAUGGUAAAGAUCAAGGGUUCAUAUCCAGACAUCUAGUCAGGAGGUUUGUGCUACCCAAAGGGCACGACGUUCAGAAUGCAGUGUCUACCCUAUCAUCUGAAGGUGUUUUAACCAUCACGGCCCCCAGGAAUCCAAACGCCAUAGAAGAGGAAAGGAAGAUUCCCAUUACACAUGAGAAUCAGGAUACAGCAAAGAUUGAAAGCAAGUGA